UACUCUUGUUGAGAGGCGGCGAGGGGCGCUGCCCAAUGGGAAAGCGGCCGUUGGGGCGGCGGGAAGGCGCCGGCAGUUUGAAGGCGGUUGGGUGCGCGCGGCUCUGCGUCGGCGUUUUUUUCCCGGGGCGGCGGCGGCGGCGGCGGAGCUCGCACUAUGUCUAACGUAAAGACAGAAGAUGAAAUAGCCCUUUUUGAAAGAGAAAUAAAAGAGUUUUGGACCAAAUUCAAAGGUAUUUACGGCAGUGAACAGAUCAAUCAGAUUUUAGCACUGAGAGAUUCAUGCAAGGAGUCCAUAAAAGCACUUUCAGACAAAUGGUCUAAGAAAUUAAAAGAAGAGGACCUGAUGAUUGAUAAAAUUCAGGAGUAUAGUGAUGAGAUUCUCCAGCAGAGCAAACGCAUAUCAGAAAAUCAGGAACACUUGACAGAAAUAAAAUCUAACCUAAAUCAUGAAGAAGAGCAAAAGAAGGACUUGACUGACAGCAUCCAAGAGCUUAAAGAAGAGCUGAUGAAGAAAAAGGGAAUAAUAUCUUCUAAAAACAAAGCCACUAAAGAGAGAGUGGAACGACUAUGCAAGUCUAAAGCAUUGUUUGAAGAGCGGCUUGGACUGGAAAUACGCAGAAUUCAUAAUGAACAGUUGCAGUUUAUAUUCAGACAUAUUGACCACAAAGAUCCUGAGAAGCCAUAUAUGUUCACCCUUUCCAUAAAUGAACAGGGAGAUUAUGAAGUGACUUCCUGUUCUCCUCCCCUGGACUGUAUAGCGGAGUUCCAGCAAAAAGUGAGAGAAACUAACAAUUUUUCUGCAUUUGUUGCCAACAUCAGAAAAGCUUUCACUGCUUUAUCUUAUAAACAGUCUGUGUAAGAUUAGCUUAUACCUCUGUUCCUAGCUGUAGCGUGUUUUUAUUUCUCCUUCCUGUAUUGUGAAGGUAUCUUUCUUAUCCAUGUCUUGCUCUAACUUCUAAAUAAAGAAAAAUAACCAAAACA